UGUCAAGAUGUCGCAGAGCAGACGACGUGUCCGUCUCUUUCCGAAUUUCCAAGUUUUGUUUGUUACGCUUUCUUUUGUACUGCUUUGUUUUGUGUCAAAUGGAAACGCAUGGGACAGCGCGGACUUCGAGCUUUUUGAUUUGGUGGAAGAAGUACAACUGAAUUUCUAUGAUGUUCUCGGUAUUGAAAAAACAGCCAGUGCGGCUGAGAUACGCAAAGCCUACAGGAAGCAAUCACUUCUCCUACAUCCAGACAAGAACAAGGACGAUGGGGCUGAGGAGAAGUUCCGACAGUUAGUUUCAGUGGCAGAGGUCCUCAGAGAUCCAGAUAUGCGGGAGAGGUAUGACCAGAUCCUUGAGCAUGGGCUUCCCAACUGGCGUGAGCCUGUCUUCUACUACCGCCGCGUCCGCAAGAUGGGCCUGCUGGAGUUGGCUGUCCUGCUGUUCAUCAUCAUGACAGUGGGACACUACAUUGUCCUGUGGUCCAUCUACUGGGAAAGACUCCUUGAACUGGAAUCAAUUAUUCCAAAGAAGAAAAAAGAUAAGAAGGCCAAGAAGGCAGCUCGGCAGGCGGCCAACCCAUCAGAAACUGACGACGACGUCCUCCAAGACCUGGCCCCGGACGACCCCCUCCGCCCAGCCAAACCCCAGCUGGCUGAUGCCCUCCCUUGCAAGCUCUGCCGACUCCUCCUAACUGUGGCAGUCUCCGCCCCCUCCGCGCUUAAGCAGGCCAAGCUGGAACUGGAGAUAUGGCGGGAGAGGCGGAGACUGGAGGCGGAGCUAGCCACUCAGGAGAAGGAAGAGGGGGUGGAGGAAGAUGGGGGCGGAGUCAAAGAGAAGGUGAAAAAGAGGUGGAAAGUUGAACCGACGAUGUACGAAUACGCACCGAGCACUGCGGAACCAGUAACAUACACCCCACAAGGGAUGGCACAAGAUAAUGAAAGAACUUCAAACACAAAGUCUGGCGACUGGACCCAAGAUGAGGUGACCAGACUCAUCCGUGCCAUGACCAGGUAUCCCGGGGGAACGUCAGCCAGGUGGGACAAAAUAGCUGAGGAGAUCUCAAGGCCCGUUGAUGAGGUCACCAAGAAGGCAAAACAAAUCAAAUCCGGAGGGUACAUAGUCAACGUGGAAACGUCUGCCCAAGGUAUUACUGGUGCCGUGGAGCAUGCGGUGACCAGCAAAACGGGGAAGACAUUCCCCAACGACGAGAUCACAAUUGCAUCCUCCGACUGCACAACGGCCGACCCGGACGACAGCCAGAAAGAAAACCAAAGGAAACGAAAAACUGCCAAACCGCUUAAGACAGCCGAGAGAACGUUGCUGAUCUCGCAGGCGUCAGACCGCAACCUGGACUGCCAUCAAUCGGACGAGAUGGAGCGGGAGAGCAAAGAGAAGGAGCAGGAUGCGAUCCUUUCGGGAGGCGGGGCAGGGAGCUGGAGCCAGAGACAGCAGAAGAUCUUGGAGAAAGCCCUGACGGUCUACGGCAAGGGAGUGGCAGAGCGAUGGGAGAAGAUCGCCGAGGCAGUCCCUGGAAAGACAAAGGAGGAGUGCAUCCUGAGGUACAAGGAGCUGGUGGAGACGAUCCGGCGGAGGAAGCAAGGAAACACGGGACCACCGCAAGAGCGGUAACACCACCAGAGCCGCGAUGAAUGGAUCUUCCCAACAAGUGUCGCCAGUGCCCACAGGACGUAGCGACACUGUCUUUUCAAAACUUAACCCUAAUGCCUUGGUCAUCUUUGUCAGGGAAGCUUUUCAUAUCCUUCAGAAUCCCACAACUGCUAGUUCCAAGCAGUGAUCCUUGUUGCCAUGGCCACGGCAUCACACUGCAGUGACUUUGAACUUGCCGGCUUUGAGCAGAAACAAGAUAUUACACUUUUUGCACAGAUCUUGCCACAUUGUCAAGGGCUAAACCAAAUCAUCUGAGGCACUUUGUUUUUAAAGUUGUAUAUAUGUUUUGUGGGGAACUUCUUAUUAACAGAAAUAAGUCAAAAGAAUCAUAUCUAACAGAAUCAGAAACCAAUCACCGAACCAGUUUUAAGUUGCAUUUUCCUGAACCUCUUUGGCACAACUGUUAGCAAAAUAAAAUAUCCACAUAUUUCAAAUGUCUUCAUUUUCACCAAAAUAAAAAGCUGAACUUUUUCACAUCCGUCAAAUUGCUGUAAAAACAUUUUUUCAUUCAGUAGCCAAGGCCUAAUCUGAUCGAGUUUCUGAUAUUUUGAAAAAGGUUUGUUAACCGCAAAGACCAAUUCCAGUUUUGUUUCCAUUUAUUUUAAUAGAACAUCAUAAAACUGCAAAAUAUUACAAAAAGGCCAUAAGAGUAAUUUUGUUUUGAUUACACUAUGUGUAGAGCUAAAUUAAUUAAUUGAUUGAGUCCUGUUUCAAUUUCCAAACAUUCAGCAUGAGCUGAGUUAGAAAAAAAUUAUCAAAAUGGUAAAAGUUUGCUCUAAUGACAGUUUGCACAUUCACAUCUUUAGAUGUGGCAGACAGGCAUUUGAGUUCUGGAACUUUGAUAUAUGGAAAUACAUUCGGUCACUAGUCUUGUUCCUUUUUUCUGUUAUAAGUUUUUAUGGUUUCCAGGUUUGAAUUUCAUGCAUUACCUUCUGUCACAAGAUUACGUGACCCAGCUUCGUCAUCGUCAUCUGUUUAGGCAGAUUUUAUUGCAAAAUUGGAGUGGAAAUGAAGAUUGGGAAAUGUCAUAAACUUGAUAGAAAAAAACAUUGUUGCUA